AUGUCCGACUCAGAACUCGCCCCUGCCUUUGCGCCAUUCUUUGGCAUGGCUGGCAUUGCUUUUGCUAUGAUCUUCGGCUGUGUUGGAGCCGCAUUUGGCACAGCAAAGUCCGGUAUUGGUAUCGCUGGUGUCGGUACUUUCAGAUCCGACCUGAUCAUGAAAUCGCUCAUUCCCGUCGUCAUGUCGGGUAUUAUCGCCGUCUACGCCCUCGUUGUCGCCGUCUUGAUUGCUGGUGACAUGCGUCCUCCUCCGGGCACCCACUACAGCUUGUUCACAGGCUUCAUGCACCUUGCCUGCGGUCUUUCGGUCGGCAUGACUGGUCUUGCUGCCGGAUACGCUAUUGGAAUCGUCGGCGAUAUGGGUGUGAGAUCGUACAUGCAGCAAUCACGAAUCUUUGUUGGCAUGGUUCUGAUUCUCAUUUUCGGCGAAGUCUUGGGUCUAUACGGGUAUUACAAGCAAGAGCCGAGUCCUGCUUCUGCGAGGCUCCACCGCAAGCUUCACGCACAAACCGAUCGUCUGGUAACAUGGGGUCUGGAAUGGGCUGAAGAAACAAACGACAGCAUCGACGAGUCCAUCGAACGAGCUGGUUUGACCGAAAAUGUGACCAAUAUCCUUGGUAAUAUCAAGGACAUUCUCGAACAAGCCGACAGACUGUCAUCAUAUAAUCCUGCAUCUGACAAGGUCGUCUUCAACCAAGAUAAAUACGAGGAUCUGCUACGCGAUCUGACUUCUUCUGUUGAUGUUCUCUAUGACCUUUCGGCUUCUCGUAGAGCCAUCGCAAGAGGUACAUACCCCAAUCUGAGCGACCACCCUCACGAUAUCGCCAAACAUGGUCUUCAUAUGUCAAAAACUCCAUUCGAUGCCGUCAGCUUUGCUUCUUCGGAAAAGACUCUCGUCAACACGCAGUUCACACGACCCACUCUUUCGCCAUAUGCUGGACUCCCAGCAAGCAUCAACCCGCAGGCUUUGAUGCUACCAGUAGAAGGGCCUCCGCCUUACGAAUACUUGGGAGUUCCAUCGACAGCUAGAAUGAUGGGUCGCUUGAGUAAGACUCUGGCCCCCGAAAGCGUUCGCAAUGUGUUCAGGGACGUCACAGACGAGUAUGUGUGGGUCAUGGUUGAAUUUGAAAACUAUGACCCUCUAUAUCGUGACACAGGCGUGUCCCCACCACUUACACGAGUGGAGAAGCUGGCUUCCUCUCUAAACAUGUUAUCCAAUAGGGGAAACUUGAGGCUGCUCGGCUACGUGGAAGAUCCUCAGCAGCCUCGCAUAGGGCUGGUCUACGACUAUCGUACUAUUCAACCGCAACAAUCUGCAGAAAUUCGCCCCGUCACUCUUAUGGGCCUAAUCUUAACAGCAACCCAAGCCAAAAGGCCAGUCGAUGUUUCCAAUGCCACUCCUUUCCUGGAAGACAGAUUUCGCAUAGCAUUGCGUCUUGUGGAGAAAUUGAGAGAUCUGCACGCCGAGAACUACUUUCAUGGAAACAUACAUAGCGAGAGCGUCGUUUUCCUGCAACAAGGUCAUUCUCUGCAACCACGACAAAGCGAGCUGCAUCGGCCUGUCCUGUCAGCAUUCGAUAUGUUCUCCAGGAACAGAAUCGAGUAUGGCGAUUCUUCGCCAAUUUCCAACGUCACAAAACAUCCAGAAGAUACAGGAGGUGAGAUUGACGAUGUUACGGCGAUUCGUUAUGAUCUCUACCAAAUAGGUCUCGUUCUGUUGGAGAUUGGUCUUUGGAAUCCCGUUAAUGACUAUUUCAAGGAGAAGUACACGCUCAAGGAUUUCAAGCUCAGACUGGAGAAGCUUUACAUACCAAAGCUUGCAAGCAAAUGCGGCUCGCUGUAUAUGCGCGCAGUACAGACUUGUUUGCGUUGGGCAGACAAUGACGACGUUGGACACGUUGGCGUAGAGGCCGUAUACGACAGCAUUCUUGUCAAACUUCAGCGUUGUGUCUUGCUAGACGAGACAGAACCUCUAGAGAUCACUCAAAUUCCAGCUGGUUUCUUGCAGGCUCCAAGCGGCCUAGAGGGUUUACAAACAGCGAAGAAGAAGCGCCGUAACAUUUCGCCUGGACGUCACAUUGCAGACCCUUCAGAGCUCAGAACCGCCGAGAAGGCUUCUGUCGCAUCGUAUCCAUCUGCCAUUUCGAGUUCUGUUGGACCACGUUCACCUAUCCUUUCGAUGCUGAGCGCCAAGUCAAACCGAUCAAACUCAACAAGCGCGGACUCAAACAAGCACAUUUCCCAAUCCGCAACCCAUGCCUCGACUACAACCCCAGCCCCUGACCUUGAUCGAUUUUCUCCUGCACCCGAUGCACAGCCAAAGUCUGUGUCUGAUCCGUUUCCCUUCUCGUUCCGCGACUAUCGUCGUAAAGUUGUGCUGAUUCAGUCACGAUGGCGUGCGAGAAGAGCCGCUUUACGCCGCGGGGCUCACGAAGAAGCUCAGCCUUCGCAGUCACAGACCGACCAUCCACCCGUUGCUCCAGCGAGCAAGUGUCGCUUGUUCCCUAUCUCUCUUCCACAGACAAUUGUGGACGAGUGGCACUCAGACAUCGGCUUCCGUCUUUCUUGCAUCAUUGAGCGAGCACUGAAAGGCUCUACCGAGUCCUCAAGCAUCGAUCUUGUCAGUGUUGGCCAUGACGCUUUCACGGCGAAGCCUACUAUCGUUGUGACGUGCACAAAUACAGCAAGAGUCAAAGCCGCACUCAAGCGCAAGUUCCACUAUGAUCGAACCAUGUUCGAUCUCAAGGUUCGACAAGGCUGUGUGUCUUUGUCGAGAGGCAAGUCAAGGAGUUAUGGCAAAGGAGACAUCGCCAAGCGAAGUCAUGUAAGAGGCGACGGAAGCGAAAGUAACAUAACACCAAUGAACCCUUUCUGGCAGGAGCGUCCUCUCUGCGGUGCAUCCAUCGGUGCAUACUUGCCUGAUCACGGUCAUCUUGAACCAGUAUCGUUUGGCGGUAUAGUCAAGGUAGAUGACAGAGAAUACGGCAUGAGCGUGCACCAUAUGCUGGAACCUCCGACUGAUGAAGAAGACUCGGAUUCGGAUAUGGACGAUCAGGCCAAUCAAGGUACCCAACGAUCAAGUGCAAGAGCCCUUAGGUCAACCCCGCCCCACCUUACGACAAUAGCAAAUCAUGAUCAUGGCUACUUGAGUGAUCUUUCUUCAGUUUCGAGUGGUGGUUCUGAUGACGACGGCUACGAAUCAUCAGAUUUUGAGAGCGACGUCUCUGAGGACGAAGACGCAGGCGACAGACCCGGUGUAGCAGUGUCAUCAUUUUACAAUGUACAAGUUACCCAGCCAGCAUUUGGCGACGCUGUGGCCGAAGACCUUCACGCCGAUGACGCUACUACAGAAGAACUAGAUGAGGACCACCUGUCCUCUUAUAAACUAGGCAAAAUCUAUGCAUCCUCGGGUCUUCGUCGCUUGAACGAAGGGGGAAAACGCUAUGAGAUUGACUGGGCUCUUCUUGAGCUUGAUCCUCCUCGGCUUCAGCCAUACAACUUAGUCCAAGGGGGACGGCGGCAUUGCAAAUCACCUGUAUCCUUUAUACCCGAGCUCAAAACUCCGGUCUGCAGACGCGAUAGUCUGUAUACAGCAGAAGAGGACUGGUAUCCCACCGAAAUCAUGCCUGCGUCUAACUUCGCGAACCUGGAAGUUCACUGUCUAGGCAGGACAUCAGGUCUCAAGACCGGCAUCAUUAGUGCAGCACAAUCUUUUGUUAAGAUCAAAGGACGCAGAAACUUUUCUCUGAGCUGGACAGUGGUAGGGGAUUUCGGAAUCGGCGGCGACUCGGGUGCAUGGAUAGUGUCCAACACCACUGGUCAAGUUGCGGGUCAUGUCCUCGCUGAACGUACGGGCUUAACAUACAUGUGCGCUAUGCAUCUUCUGUUCGACGACAUACGACAGACGCUCAAGGCUUGUAGCAUAAGCCUUCCUGGCGCCAGUGCGACAAUCACUGCAACGGACGAAUUCGAUACAAGCGCAAGACAAGGAGCCGUGCACACAACCCUUCCGACGAGGGAGAAGAUAGCCUUCGCCAGGGAUAUAAGCUUUCCCUCAGAAGACGCCGACGAAAGGAAAAGGUUCUACGAAUCUUCUGCAUCAAGAGCGAGGAAAAGUAAAGCCGCCGACACUACAGCGAUGAAGUUACGCAGUCAACAACGAAUAGUCGGUGGACGCAGAUUCUUUCCAAUCGAGGAUAAUACACACCCAACCAAGAAGGAAACGCAGGUCUGA